ACCACCUUUAACAUCAAUGUGUUAAGAUUUGUACAAAACAUUUCCAUUAUAUACGUAUAAUGCCGAUAGUACAGUGCAGUAAAUCUAUUUGUACAAGCCAGAUUCUGUUCAUGCAAUAAUGCGAUACCAGGGUGAGGAAUCACGUGACAUACAAGCAAAUCUUGAAUAUUUCACACGUGAAUGAAGCAGAACAUAGCAUAGUCUUUUAUAGGCUUAGACAUACUUUCAUAUCUUUUCUGUCAACAAAGUUAUUUAGAUAUUAUUGUCACUAACUUGUUUGUUUACAUUGGUUGCGAUCCGUGGUGACCCAAGUGAGAACCCCUUUGAAGCUGGAUAAUUCACAAAGCCAACUGUUAUAAGAAAGUGGAUGUUGAGAUGACGUUCAAAGAGGCGUCCACGACGUGUAACCUGGAGGGUGCUCAUCUGCUGUACUUGGCGAAUGAGAUUGAAUAUGACGAGGUCAUAGCCCACAACGCGCCAGGAAUGAACAUAUGGAUGGGCUUCGAGACGAAUGGAACCCACAUUGGUCGUAACGUUACUGGUUUCGACACUCCGAGCGAUCGGAUUCCACGUUGGGCUAACAACGAGCCCGCCCCAAACAUGCACGGCGUUGACUGUAUUCUGGUCGACUAUAUGAAGGGGCUUAUGGUUAGGGCCUGCGACGAGUUGCAUCUUUUCUUCUGUAAAAGAAGGGCCUGUCUCAAAGGUUACAUGUCCUGCGACACGGCUACGAAGUGUGUUCGUGAGGUGAGAAAGUGUGACGGGAAACUUCACUGCUUGGACACUAGUGAUGAAUUGGAUUGUCCUAAUGAUAUGAACUAUAUAGACGUGGAAACCAUUGGAAAUUUUUCUACUCGCACACUGUUUUCUGGUCAGCAAAGAAUUUGGACAAUGAAAGCUCCCAUUGGACUACGAAUUAAACUUUACGUGCCCUCUAUGACUCUCGAAACGAAUGUGGCGUUUUUAGAAGUAUGGACUGGUAAUUCUACAUUUGCUGUUUCCCGGCUCAUAAAGAAGUUUACUAGCACUGUAAGUGCGGGCGUUUAUCUGUAUUCAGAUAACAACUACAUGACUGUUCGUCUGUACGCCAACAACCUUCAGCAAAACUUCAACACAAAAACAUUGAGUUAUACCAUAGAUAAUACAAACAUAUUUCUUGGGUACAAGGACCUUGAUGCCACGGUCGUGUUGAGUCCACUGAUCUUCCCUUACCAGGGAUUGGAAUAUAAACCAGAAGGUCUACACCUGCGUUGGAGAAUUACAGCUCCUGGAGGAGAUUAUAUUACAUACUACGUUGAGCCAAUAGAUAAGACGAAACCCACAUCAGGGAAAAUACGCGGCGGGAUGACAUAUCUAGAACCGGGUGAUGUCCGAGUGACCGGACGUAACGAACUGCUAAUCACAAUGGAUGUUGUUCCGGAAAAUCUUCAACUCAUGUACAAAUCAGGCUGUGGUGGCAUUACGCUAAUGCAUGAGUAUGGCACAAUACACCUGUUUGACGAAGUUAUUCCAAACAGCGCAAUGUGUACGUGGACAUUAAAAGGGGGAGAGGCAGUUGGUCGAGGACUGGCGUUAAAGUUCAUGAACGACCUCUACGAAGAUCCACGUGCUACAUUUGCAACGAGGUCCAUGGACUUUUUUAUGAUUGAAGGAUCAGGAGGGAUUGAGACAGGAGUGGAGAAUUAUCCUGCGAUGAUUUACCAUAGUUCGGAUGGUACCUUUAAAGUCACUUUCCAAUCUGAUGUUGCUCUUAAUUCCAUGAGUUUUAGUAUAGAUUUUGGCGCAGAUUGUCCAACGCUUGAAGUUUCCGAGCAAACUAAAAUGAAUAAAAACACGUCUUACUUCAACGAAGACGUUGUGUUGACUUGCCCAACUGGAUACGACUUUCACCUUGAGAAGUACGCUCACAGAGAGUCUCUCAAUCUAAUUUGUACUAAAGGAUCAUGGUACAUUGAUGGUGAAAAACUUGCCGCUAUUCCAGAAUGCAGAGAUGUCUUUUGUGGUAUACCGCCAAAAGUGAAUAAUGGCCAUCUUGUAAGCGCCACUGGAGCAAAGUAUUUGUCAGAAGCUACAUACGCUUGUGAUCCCGGCUUCAAGAUAGUUGAAGGAACCACUGGUUUAUGCAGUAAUAUCGGCGUUUGGAUUCACCUUCCAGUCUGUGUUGCAAUGGGAUCAAAUUGCUCGACAUUAGAAAACUGCGACACCGCAAUAUUGGUAUGCGAUGUUAUGACUGGAACUGGCGUCUGUCAAAAUGGGGGACUGUGCACGAAUGGACUGGAAACUGCCUCGUGCGAAUGUAAAUCAGAUUAUGAUGUGCGGCGGUGUUAUUUUGAUGAAGGACGUGUCGGAAUUGCUGGAGGUACAGAAACGUUAGACUUUAUUCAAGUACAGAGCCUUGAUGAAUGUAAAAGCAGAUGCUUAAAUAAUCCAAACUGCGGCGAUAUGGUGUUUGUGACUUCAUCUGGACAAUUUCAUUGUUUUUUGUAUGAGCGGGAAAAGUUUGUGUCUACAUCAGAUGAAUCUACGAGAGUGCAUUAUCGAAGAAUUUGUCCCACAGAUUAUACAGGAGACUCGUGCGAACAAGUUAAGGAUUGGUGCUCCGAAGGAAAUAACCCAUGUGAGAACGGAGGAGAAUGUACGCCAAAAGGACCUGUUGGAUAUAUGUGCAUGUGUAAGCCAGGGUUCAGCGGUGUUACGUGCAACAUUGACGCUGAUCCUUGUGGUACAAACCCAUGUGCGGGCGUAGCAAGAUGCCAGUCUACGGUAACAGAGUAUAUCUGUCAGUGUGAACAGGGUAAAAUAUUCACCGGAAGUCAGUGCAGAGAUGAUCCCACAAGACCGGUCAUUUUAGUUAACAAUUUAUAUGGUGUACUUGACGCGCCAACCCUACAAACACCAUUCCGUUGGAUCAACAAAACGAUUUCUAUAAUGUUUAUGAUCAGAGUGCAUGCUAGUUCUGACCAUGAAUUGGCGAGUUUGUUGAAUAUUUACGUGCAAAAUUCAUUAAAUCCAAACUACCAGGAUUAUAUGUACUGGAUAUCCGUUAGUCGCAGAGGAAUUGGGAUUAAAACGAACAUGUCUCCUUGGUUGGGUGUCACGUUUAACGAAGAUUUUGGAAGUGAACUCGGGGAUGGGAGCUGGCAUCAUUUGGGUAUUGCAAUAAAUGAGAAUGGUAUGCUGUCGGCCACUUUAGAUGCUAUCACGAUAGACGAUGCUGUUGAAGUUGUAUCCCCUCCGGCGGGGGAAAAGAACGUGCAGAUAUCUCUUGGCUAUUUGAAUCUAGCCGAAUAUCAGGAUGUAUCAAUAUGGGACGUAACUUUAACGAGCCGCGAUUUCGCACUAGCGUCUGUUGGCACUCAACCAUCUGUUAAUCCUAUACAAGGAUGGUGGAACUAUGACCCUAAGACCUCAGGGAUGCGUCUGACAGAACGGUUGCUGCAUAAUCUUCUAGACGAUCCGAAUAUAAACUUCCCGCAGAUGAACUGUGAUGGUUUUGAAAACAUAAUGCAUGUGUCUGCUGAAGGAGUUGUAGACAGGGAUACAUUUGUCGGCAAGAUUGAGGAGGUCAAAGAAAAUACCAAUGGAACUCUUACUUUCAAACACUCCCUUCCACCAAGUCUGACAUGGGGGUUCUAUGAAACAGUUAUUGUCGGUAUGAAUAGUAACACCCUCAACUACGGAGAAUGCAGAGUGCAGCUUGUGGUAAAAUACAACGACGAAUGUCCAGCAGCUCGAUCAGACGACACCCAGAGAAAAGUAUGUCCUUCAGGUGCAGACGCCGUGUGUGAUCUCGCGUGUUUAGAUACAAAUGAAGCACUUUUUGCACCUGUUCCUAAAUAUAUAUCUUGUGGUACGCUUGGCGUUUGGGAUACAAGAGAACCGUAUGAAGAUCUCGUUCUUCCGGGAUGUACAAUCAGCAGAGACCCAAGGUAUGCAGUCACAAUCAUGAUGAAAUUUGAAGCAGUGAUACAUUGUAGAAAUUUGAACAUAAACACUGCUGUUACUGAUAGAUUGAACGAUAUGUUAAUGAACGAUAUAAAUGGUGAAAAAUGGACGGGACUUUGCACCGGAGCCAAUUGUGAUAACCUUGAAAUCACAAAAGCAGCCUGUAUCGACAAUACAAAAAUGUUUGAAGUUGAAUUCACUCUUACAUUUGCAAGCAAUACGAUUACUGCCGUUGGUGGUGGAGAAACGUCGGUGUUAGAUGCGCUCAGAAUUAUCAUUCUGUUAGAAAAGGAUUUGAGCUUGAAGGAAAUAGCUGAAGCAUCCUUACUCGAAGACACUGUUGAAAUUAGCAUGGAAGAAGUCUGUGGGGUUGGUUACGCUCUCGUGAUGAGCGAUAAAUCCAGAGCUUGUGUGCCCUGCGGCCCUGGUUGGAGGUACGACUUAGAGGCAAAAGAGUGUGUUCUCUGUGAUUAUGGGCAUUACCAGAACGGCUUUGUGCAAACAGAGUGCAUACCUUGUGGGAAUGGCAAAUCGACGAAUUUCCGCGGAGCUAGAGAAGAGAAUGACUGUAUAGUAACGUGUGAAGCUGGAACAUACUAUGAUGUUGACGAAGAACAAUGUGUGGAUUGUAAGCGACAUUACUUUCAGAACAUGACUGGGCAGGACUACUGUUUCCCUUGUCCUCUGGGAUAUAAAACAGUCGGAAAUCGUUCUACCAGCAUUGCCGCUUGUACAGAGGACUGCUUGCCUGGUUAUGUUAGAAACCCUCAAAACCUCACAGAAUGUGUUCGAUGUAAAAGAGGGACGUUUAGGAGUACCCAAGACGAUUGCGUUCCUUGUACAGAUGGAAAGUACACUUUGGAGGAUACUAUUGCAAUGGACUCGAGCAACUGUGACAUGGAUAUUUGCGAUUUGGGAGAAUUUUGGAAUGUUUCUGCAAGCAAUUGCCAAAAAUGUGAUUUGGGGUAUUAUCAAAAUGAAAUGUACCAAUUACAAUGCAAAAUGUGUGCUUCCGACUAUUCCACAAGAGACAUGAGCGCGCAGAAUGACUCGUUCUGCGAAUUUUUCUGCCCUGUGGGCGAAGAGUUAAUGGAUGGUACAAAUUGUGCUAGCUGUGAACGGGGAUUCUUCAAGGAUAAUGUUGGUCUAAACAAGUUCAAUCCGUGUCAAGAAUGCAGUACUGAGAAAACAACAGAAACAACAGGAUCAACCUCGGAAUCUAACUGUUCAAUCCAUAAAUGUGGACCUGGAGAGAUCAGUACUGAGAACGGAUGUGUUGAAUGUCCAAUAGAUACUUAUCAAUCAAUGGAUCACCCUUAUUCAAGCAUCGAGUGCCAACUAUGUCAGAAGGAUGGCAUAUUUGAAACCGGAACCAUAGCUGCAGGUGUGUCUAAUAGCGACGAGUGUAAACCCUUCUGUUCAUCUGGGUACAUUAUCAACGCCGAAUCCACUGGUUGUGAUCCGUGUUCGCGAGGAUUAUACAAAAACAACGAGGACAGCCGAUUCUCUGCUGAGUGUAAUGGGUGUCCUGUGGGUACCACAACAGAAGACAUGGCAUCUACACAUAGAGACAACUGUAGCAUUCAGGAAGAGCGAAGCAGCCUUGCUGUUAUCAUAGGUACUUCCGUCGCUGGUGGAUUAUUGCUUAUGGUUGUCGUGUCAUUCUUGAUUUACCGACGCAGAAAAAGAAACGAGAAGUUACCGGAAGAAGGACGUUCCGACAGGACUGAUACUUCUAAUCCAAUGAACGUCUAUGAUCAACCGCAGGUCGGAGAAAAUGACAUACCGACUAGUAAAAAUGAAUAUGACGUCAUACCUGCCGACGUAAACGUUUAUAUGACAGUUACCGAAGAUGCUCAAACAAGUACUGGAACGAACGAAAGCAGUAUACAUGUUCCAAAUACUGAUACUACCACUUCAGAAAGAAAUAUCUACUCUGAACUAGACGUGAACAGUUUAAAUGACAAAGACAAAGAUUAUCUUCGUCUGUACUCGCAUGAUUCCCAUGGGUAUCUGGCUCCAAUACAACUUGGGAACAUAUCCCACAACAGAAACGAAGAAGGGCGCAAUAGUACAUCAUUUUUGUAAAUAAGUGUAGUUCCAUCACUAUACAAAUGAGACCAAGGCUGUCAAAAUGGAUGGUAUGCUGCUUUUGAAAAUAGCAUUCAUGAAAUUAACUAUAUUACAUGGCUUGCAUGUAUCAUAAUUCUAUUUCGCCUGAUAUCAUGGGUGAUGAGCAGUAUGCAGAGUUUAUACUAUGUUUCCGAAAUAGCAUAAACGGUUGUCCAUAAUAAUGGAAUACAUCAAAUAAGUAAAAUAACACAAAUGUAUAUAUAUCAUAACAUGACACAUACCUAAAGUAUUUAGUAUUUUACCUAUAGUAUUUUAUUAUAAUCCCGUAGAAUGUUUCAUCAACUUAAAUAAACAUAAUCCAGUUUUAACAAUCGAUAGCCCUCAAUCAAUUAUAUAAACUAUUCUAGCACACCGGAUUUCCGGUAAAUUCAGCCGUGCCGGAAAACUCCAUCUGGCAUCCCCCAUGCCAGAUGAGUCACGCGCUGUGACGUAAUACUUUUAAUUUAUUUUAUCAAACACUUAAUGUAACCAUAAUUAUGAGAUUUCAAUAGAUGAGUUCCAUUUAUAUUAACUUAACAAAGAUAUUCCUUAAAAACAAAACAAAAUAACCCUUAAAAGACGUGAUAGCGAAGGAACCUAUUGACGUAUGCAGUGAAUACAAAUUACUGCGCGUCAUGACGUCAGUAAACAUCAUCGCACGCGCUUUUUGGUGAAAUGUACAAAAACGCGCUUUCUUAUGUAUUUUCUUCACAAAAAAUGUAAUUUAAGGUAUGCUAGAAAAAAUAUAUAUCAUGUGUGUCCGUUCCGGAUAGUAAAAAUCCGACCCUCGGGUACACUACGUAGCCGGUAACUCGGCAAGCCUCAUAACCUGGCAAUGCAGGUGCCCUCGGGUCGGAUUUUUCUAUCCGGAACGAGAACACAUGACAUAUAUUAUAAAUAUAGAGUAUAAAAGUUAAGUAUGUGAGUUCUUAACUCUAUUGAAUUUGAAAUCGUAUAACUAAUUUAUGCAUGACAAUAUAUGAAACAUCUUUGUAAGCAUGUUUCUAUCAUUAUUUAUAUACGAUGAUAUAUAAAUAAUUGUUUGUCUUUGUUUGAUAAAGUAUAUAUCCUGUGCUAUACUGUGGCUGUGAAAUAUAAGGUUUACAUGAAAGCAUUACAGUAGAAAGAGUUUUAAUGAUGCUUUGUAAUGAAAUUCUAGUAGUUUUAGUACUAAAACACAGAGAAAUUUUGUUAAUGGAGAACUUGUUAGCACAAUCGCAAGAAGAGAUGUUAAUGUAAUAAGGCUAAGUUGACAACAUUACAACUGAAAUCAAAUAAGUAAGAACAACACUACAAAAUGGGGAUUUAAAAAGGUUAUCUAACUAUUAAACAUGGACAAAAAGUGCUACAUUACGAUGUUUUAAAUCAAAUAUGGUAGAACACUACUGCAAAAAUACUGUAUGGGGAUUUAGAGAGGUAAUCUACCUGUAAAACAUGGGCAAAAGGAGUUAGAGACAUAUACUUGUCACUCGUAUUUUAUAACGCCUGUUUUCUUUAAAGUGCUAGGGAUAUUGCUAUCUUUAUAUUGAAAAUCUAUAUAUUCAGUACUCGUCUGCAGAAUAAAAUAAGUUAUUCAGAUCUAAAACAAGUUUACUAAAUGCAGAUUUUUCAUUUUUAACUUACUUGUCAAUUUGUAAGACUUAGAGAGAAUUAUUGAGACAAAGACUUUGAUCAAAUUGUUAAGAAAUUAAAGCAGGUGAUGGAUGAAACCUAACUUUAUACCAAAUAAUGAAAGAAAAUGUCAAAUAUGUCAUUGUUGUUGUUAAUUUAAUUUAUUGUAAGAAUGUCCAUUAUGUAUUGAUAUAAGAAUAAAAUCAAUUAGCGGUGUAUGUUCAGAAGGGUUUUGAAUAAAGCAACGCAUCAUUUCAUAUUCGAUAACUUAGCGUUUAUAUACGACUCAUAACAUCAGUCUCCAUACGAUGCUAUGAAAUAGUAUGUGUGGUGUGGUGUGAAUUCUCAAUAUAUAAUUAUUGCAUUUAUUAUUUACUUGUAUACCUAUACUUUUAUUUUAUAUACAUCCUGUGCCUAGAGUUGUAUAUUAAACAGAGAAAACCGU